AUGGCGACUGAUGAAGUAUUGGAAGGGAGUAAUCCAGUGGACCUUUUUGAGCAUCCUUCGGGGAUUGUUCCCACUCUUCAAAACAUUGUCUCAACGGUGAACUUGGACUGCGACCUAGAUCUUAAAGCCAUAGCUCUGCAUGCUCGGAAUGCUGAAUAUAAUCCCAAGCGAUUUGCUGCUGUGGUCAUGAGAAUAAGAGAACCAAAGACGACAGCAUUAAUUUUUGCCACUGGAAGAAUGGUCUGUACUGGAGCUAAGAGUGAAGACUCUUCGAAGAUUGCUGCAAGAAAGUAUGCUCGGAUUGUUCAGAAGCUAGGAUUUGCUGCAAAGUUCAAGGAUUUCACGAUUCAGAAUAUCGUAGGUUCCUGUGACGUCAAGUUCCCUAUAAGACUUGAAGGUCUUGCAUUAUCUCAUGGUGCUUUCUCAAGUUUCGAGCCUGAGAUAUUUCCAGGGCUGAUUUACAGGAUGAAAGUACCUAAGAUUGUGCUACUAAUUUUUGUGUCUGGCAAGAUUGUUAUCACUGGAGCAAAGAUGAGGGCGGAGACUUACAAAGCCUUUGAAAAUAUAUACCCGGUCCUCACAGAGUUCAAGAAGAUUCAGCGUUAG